GCUUGUUCUUUCUAAGGGCAACUAUCCCUUUUCUUCUUGUCUUAGUCUUUUUAAUGUUAAGCUUCUUAAUAUACUUUUACUUACCCUACUGGAAGGUGAGGAGAAUUCCUGGACCCCCAACAAGAUUUCUUGUGGGACACUUGCCUUUGUUGGCUGAGUAUGGACCUGAUAUAAUGAAAAUUCUUACAAAGAACUAUGGUCCUAUUUUUAGGUUCCAUAUGGGAAGGCAACCACUGGUUAUGGUGGCUCACCCAGAGCUCUGCAGAGAGGUUGGGAUCAAGAAGUUUAAGCAGAUAAAGAAUAGAAGUAGUCCUACUCCAACUUCUGGCUCUGCUAUGCAUCAGCAAGGGCUUUUUCUAACAAGGGGUUCAAGAUGGUCUUUCAUGAGAAAUACUCUCACCUCUCUUUACCAACCAACCCAUCUUUCCAGUCUCAUUCCCACCAUGCAAUCAUACGUAGAUUUACUCUUACGAAAUAUAUCAAAUCUUGAGAAGAAAGAAGAAGACAUACCCUUCUCUGAGCUCACUCUAAGAAUGGCGAUUGAUAUCAUAGGAGAGACAGCCUUCGGUGUUCACUUUGGCCUAUCCAACGAAGCUUCCUUCAACCAGCACAUCGAAGAACGAAUCGACGAUGAAGGUGAUGAGGAAGAUGAAGUUUCCUCCUUCCUAAAGCAGCAUAUGCGCUCCAUUAACUCCCUUAAAAUGGAUCUCUCAAGCUCUUUCUCUACUAUACUCGGCUUAGUAGUUCCAAUACUCCAAAUUCCCUGCAGAAACAUUCUCCAACUUAUACAAGGUACUGCCGACUAUAAAGUAAAGCAAACAAACAAAAAGCUGUGUGAGAAAAUUGACGCCAUCAUUACGAAGAGGUCAAGUGAGAGAACUAAAUGCUCCAAAGAUUUCUUAUCAGUUGUGCUUGAUGCAAGAGAAUCUGGCAUUGGCAAGGAGCUCUUCACGCAUAACUACAUCAGAGCGCUUACAUAUGAGCAACUACUUGCUGGGACAAAGACGACGGCGUUUACAUUGGCAAUGACUGUUUAUCUGAUAUCCAAGUUUGCAGAUGUUGAGAGAAAACUUCUUCAAGAGAUUGAUGGAUUUAGCUCUUCUCAUCUUACUCCUACUGCUGAAGAUCUUAAUUGCAGGUUUCCCUAUCUUGACCAGGUAGUAAAAGAAACCAUGAGGUUUGUGACAGUUUCACCACUCGUAGCAAGAGAGACAUCUCAAGAAGUUGAAAUUGGAGGCUAUGUUCUCCCAAAGGGUACAUGGGUGUGGCUUGCACUGGGAGCUUUGGCUAAGGACCCCAAACAAUUCCCAGAUCCUGAGGUAUUCAGACCAGAGAGAUUUGAUCCAACCAGUGAUGAAGAGAAGAGAAGGAAUCCAUAUGCGAACAUACCAUUUGGGAUCGGUCCACGAGCUUGCAUUGGCCAGAAGUUUGCACUGCAAGAGAUCAAGCUUGCUCUCAUUUGCCUAUACCGAAAUUACAUUUUCAGGCACUCUACUAAGAUGGAAUCUCCUCUUGAGCUUGAAUAUGGCUUAGUUCUAGGAUUCAAACGUGGGAUUAAGAUAAGAGCUAUCAAGAGAAUGCUCUAGUUUGAUAAAUCAAACGUCAGUGAUACAUAGAUGCUUAGGGAUUUAUAUUAAUAAUAUUGUACUUCAUAAGGAGAAUUCCUUGUAGUG